AGCUUUUAUCCAAGCUCUGCAGAGUAGUAAGUAACUCAUGGAGAGAAUUCAGUCGUGAUGACGCACUCAUGAUACAAGAGUUCCAAUAAACAGGAGGAACUAUAUUUACCACCUCCCAUCAGAAACCAUUUGAUUCCUCGUUACCUUGGUGACACAACGAACACAGUGGAUAGCUCUCAGUUGCCUAUAAUUACAAAGUGAUUUAUCAUGCUGACUUUAAUCCGGCCACAGUUCAUGACAGAACACCAAACUGAAACAAAGAAUAUGGACAUACUGGCUCUUCGCAUGCUCUGUUUAGAGCAGGAACAUCGCACCCUCGAGGACCACUCCACCUCAGCCCGUCAACCAGUCAGCUCCACCUUGGCUCCUCGCCUCUUUUGCUCCCCCCUUAUCCUUGCGACUUCACCGUGCACCCUCGUCCCUCCGGCUGCACCUUGGUCAGUCAUCGCUCUGCCUACACCAUGGACUUCUGGGCUUUCAGCUAUGCCUCGUCCCUCCACCACUGGUGCUCUGUUGGGCUCUGCCUUCCUUCUGGCUCCGCCUUGGUCCUCAGUCUCACUGGCUCCGCAUCAGUCCUCAAGCACCCUGGCUCCACCUUGGCUGCUCAUCACUGCAGUUUUACCUUGGCCUCCAAGACCAGCGUGUCGCCAGUCUCAUCUUCUCCUCGGCUGCACCUGGGUCUCCAAAUCUCCUAGCUCCACCACUGGUGGUCGGAAUGCUGACUCCAUCGAGGCUCCACCCACCAUCUGUUCUGGCUUGGGCCUUCAUUCUGGUUGUGCUCUGGGUUCCCACUUGGCUCCUCCUACCUUCAUUGCUUCCCUGGCUCCUCCCUCUGUCAGCUCCAUGGUGUCUAUAUCUGCCGACUCCUCACAGUUUCUGCCUGUCUCCAGCUCAUCAUCCUUCCCCAGAUCCCCCAACCUCCCUCCCCACCUGGACUAUGUUGUUAUGCCACGAGGAUGUGCCUUCCAGGAGGGGGGUGUAAUGUCAGGGUUAUGUUUAGUUCUGUUUAGUUUCAUUGUGUUUUGGUUUUGUUUUCCCUGAUCCUGUUUGCAUGUGUUCUUGUUCAUUGUUAGUCUCCAUGGUUCCUGAUUAAGUUACACACCUGUUUCUAGUUUUUUAGUUAUCUAGUUCUGUGUAAAUAAGCCCUUAGUUUCCUCUGUUCAUUGUUUGGUGUAAUUUAUGCUGAUGUGUUUGACUUGUGUCCUUGCAUUAUUCCUGUAAUCUCCUCUUAAUUAUUUUGUAAGUAAAGAAUUCUUCUGUUACUUCAUCAUGCAAUUACUACAGCUACAGUACAUGACAGCAUUUGUUUAAAGUAUUAAUAUUAUAAAAAGGCUAUUUUAAAUGCAUGGCAAAGUGUUCCUUAAUUUAAUUACAUUUGUUGAAUAUUUUAUAUUCUUAAUUUCUCAUAUACUAUGAAUUUGUUUUUCCUUAUUGAGAUAAUGUUCCAUUUUAUGUCAAGAGCAAUGCAUCCAUUUGUUUCAUUUGAUCUGUGCAUGAGGUAAAAUCCUCUUUUUGACAUUACAGUUGGGGUCCAAGGUCAAAUGAAGUGUGAUUAAAAGAGAAAAAAAAGAGAAAGGUGAAACAGAGGACAGCAUAAAUCAUGGCUUAAGAAAAUUCUAUAGGGGUUUAGUUUUAGCCUUUUAGCUUUUAGUUUAAUUUUUCCCCCUCUUCCCUAACAUGAAUACUGUCCAAUGUAGAAUUUUAUUGUUUAGAGGUUGCUCUUUAAUACCUUUAAUACCUCUCUUCUAAUUCCUGAAGAGAAAUAUAGAACAAAUUGAUGAUAUAAAAUAAGAGAACAGAGCUAUAAAACUAAUUUGGAAAGUAUGAUAAACUAAUCAUUUGGUCUUAGAUGAUUUUGAUGAGAAAUAUUGUAGUACAUACUGAAGUCUUUGACCUUUUAUUUCAAACUUUAGUAUCUUUGGAAAUCUGAAUCUUUGCUAAAAGUGCAGUCUUUUUUUCCCAGGAGAAAAAUCAAUCAAAUCAACAAUUGCUUUCUCAUUGUUGCUAGGACAAACAAGUUUCAAGGAGAUCUGUUUUUGUAUGAGCUGUUGUACAUUCAAUUUGUAUCAUACAUUGUAAAAUUCAUAUUAAGAGCUAAAGCUUAAGAAACAAACUGAAAAUGUUUGUGCCUCCUCUUUCCAUCGCUUCCCCACACAGGA